CGGGCCGAGGGAGCUGCUACACAGGAGGAGCCGCCAGGCGGGGAGGACCCUCCAGGCAGCGAGGAGCCCCCGAGCGCGGGGCUGUCGGCAGUGGGAGCUCCAUCCCGGUGCUGCACGGAGCUAAUUCCCCAGGGAGGCGUGCAAGGCCGCCGGAUCCUUCUCCCGCACGUUCUCCAUGAGAGCAUUUGCUUUGCUUGAGGAUGCCCGGUGACAGGCAGGACCGGGAUAGCUGUCUGGGAAACUUGUUGCAAAACAGAUACUCUGAGUGGGUUGUCAAGUGGAGAACCUCGACCCUUUUUUGUGAUAUGCAAGGAGAAUCUAAGUGAGUGAGCUUACACCGAAGCAUAAGUUUGAAGUUGUAUUUUGUGCACCUGGUUCUCCCACUGCGGUCCACAAGUUAAUAUUCCGUCUACAUCAUGGAAUGGCCUUUGCUUUUGUAUAUAGUUUUAUUCUACUGGAAUUUCCUCAAUGCUUUAUUCACUGUUGAAGCUCCUCAGUCACUCUACACUGUAGAAUAUGGGGACAAUGUGACCAUGGAAUGCACAUUUCCAGUGAAUGGGAAAUUAAAGUUCGGAGAGUUAAGUGUCAGCUGGGAAAAGAAAGAUGAGUUAAAGAAGCUGGUUUAUGUACUUCUCAAAGGAGAGGAAGACUUCAAAAGUCAGCACAGUGACUUUAAGGGAAGAAUAAAAUUGCUGAAAGAGAAUCUGAACUUGGGACAGUCUCUCCUUCAGAUCACUGAUGUGAAGCUCAGAGAUGCAGGCAUUUACCACUGUAUUAUUGGCUAUAGGGGAGCUGACUACAAGACAAUCCACCUGAAAGUUAAGGCUCCUUACAGAACUAUAACCCAAAGAGUGGUGAGCACAGGACACAACGAAUGGAAGUUGACAUGUCAGUCUGAAGGAUACCCAGAAGCUGAAGUGAUAUGGCAAAAUGGAGACCAUGAAGAUCUGACUGACAAGGCAAACACAAGUUACGAAACUGGAAGGGAUCAGUUGUAUUGUGUGACAAGUACCCUUUCAAUCAAAAGUAGAGUUGAUGAGAUAUUUUACUGUAUAUUCUGGAAUAAAGAGCUGCAAGAAAAUACAUCUGCCACUUUACACAUAGCAGAUUCAGCUGAUGGCAAUCUGUGGACUGAGAAUAGACGCUUUGUUGGAGCAACUCUCAUUGUUACUGCUUUUGUUGGAUCAGGGCUUCUAUUUAUGCUCUGCAUAAGAAAAGCUAGAGCAAAUAAGGACAAUAGAACACCUGUGUCGAGUUCAUCAAUAAAAAUGCUAUCAAAAGAUAAGGAUACAUGUGAUGGCAGAGACACUUCUUUUGAAGACAGCUGAAAUAUAUGCAGAUUGAGAAGACAUAGAUAGAGAAAGCAGGGGAAGAUUCUUUCCUCUGUGGUGAAGAUCUGACAGCUCAGAUAUUCUGUGUUCUAUCUAUUGAAGGGGAUAUUAAUUUUUUGUUUUUAUUGUGUGAUGGCAGUCUUCUAAUUGUUGUAAUUUGGGAAAAAAUCCAAUGAAGUUAAGAUAAUUAUAGCAUAAAAAGUCCUUGGAUUCAGGCUUCUGUAUAUGGGACUAAAUACUGAGGUAUUUAUUUAAAUAUCCAAGUUUUCACCUUACAAGUUUAGGCAAAUGUGUCUUUCAAAGAGACACAAAGAGAAAUGUGUCUUUCAAAGACACAUUUCAUUGAAAAUGUCUUUAAGGUAAAGCACUUUAGGUCUAUGACUAUCAUGAAUUUCAUAGUUAGUUCUUGAUAGGUCAUCUUCUAGAAUUUUUUUUUUUCCUUCCUCACCUGAGCUCUCAGUUACCUGCAGAGAUUUUGUUCUCCAGCUUUUGAAGAUUUUUUUCAAUACUUUGAUCCUUAUAAAAGAUAAUGGUACAACAAGACAAGAUACCAUACAUACAGGGCGUUUUCUGUCUUUAAAAUACCAGAUGCUCACAGCUAAGCCUGAAAAAAAUGCUGUAACCCUCUUGGCAACUAUGGUUUAGAAAUUAAAUAAUACUGAACUUUUUGAUCUCUUUCUCUUAAAAGAGUUUUGGUAAUUAAAAUUCCUUGCGAUAUAGCUGGCACUACUUGGUUACUGCUCAUUACUCUCCUGAUUUACAAUUUGGGGAUAGUGCAACUAUUUAUACAUUCAGAAAGAAGAGUUUUUGUUUUGGAGGUCUUUUUCUUCAUCUUGGGAAAAGAAGAAAGAAAACCUUCUUACUUCUAGGACAUGAAAUACACGUGAUAUAUGUGAUAUGUGUGAUUACCUUAGAAAUGCAGGGGAAACAUGCUCCUGGAUGCCAUUUCUUAAGUUAUUGUUAUGUUACAUUUUGCUAGAUACAUAGCUUUUUGGGGAGGAUCAUACAGAGGUGAAAAUUAUUUAUU